AUGCAGUCCGUCGGUAUUCUGGCGAUUUACACAUCGGUGCGCGUUCAAACCAAAACUAUCACUGUCCCAUCACCAUCACAAGCAACAUACGACCAUCUCUUAGGAAAAUACCCCGACACUGCUAUUCAAUGUCCAUGUGCCAAGAUCUCAGUUGACUACAGUUCAUUUAUAUCCAUCGAACCACAAUAUCACCCAAUCUGUACAUCAUCGUCCGUCACUCAACUGAUCGAUUAUUUCGACGUUGAUGUCCGUUUGUACGUACCAUUCGGAGCUUGGCAGUUAGAAGCUGGCAACAAUGAUUAUCGAACAGUGGCUGCGGCACAAUUUCAGCUGAUUGCAUCGCUAUGUCAAUUGAGUCAGCAAACGGUGACCGACGCCUUGAUCACAUUUUAUUCCACUCGCUUCAUAGGUUCACAGCUAUUCACACCCCCACUGUUCCAAUCUCAGACCACAGCGAUCAUCAGUUUAUUUAACACAACGACACCAAACCAGUUUAAUGAAAUAUUUCAACUAAUACGUGAUACAACGCAAGCCAAUCAGUUGGUGUUUUUUACAGAACCUUUUGAGGUGACUACCGUCAACGGACCGAUAUUUUACUGGUGGAAUUCGGGCAUAGAACAUGAAGGUUGUCGAUGUAAUUCAAAUGUUAGUUGCAGUCAGCAGACACAACUACUUGAUAUUCAGGGGAACUCGGUUACUGUACUUUACACUGUACCUAGAAGUUUUGUUGGCUGUUCAGUGGUCGACGCACUACUGCUAAGUGCAUUUGAAUGUUAUUUUGAUCGGACAUGUCUUAACACCAUUACAUCAUCAGUUAAAAAUCGCACAGCACUUAACAUCACGGCUUUAGAUUCAUCUCACUUAUUUCUGUCGUCGAUCAACACCUCUGUCGAAACCAUCGUCGAUCGAUUAUUCGUUGAACGGCUUGUUAAUGCGAGCAAUUACUCUGCAUAUUUUCAACAAUGUGCACCCACAGAAUGCGUUUAUUCAUUCAAUCAACAUCCGAAUUGGAUUGAUAUCCUUACGACGGUCAUUGGACUUUAUGGAGGUUUAACAGCUGUGCUAAAAGUGUUAAUACCAACAUUGAUAAAACUUGUCAGACGCAAAAAACAAGACAAUCCAUCACGUAAGUCCUCAAUGAUUGUAGUUUUCGCUUAAGGACCCCCCUCAUAAACGGUGAUUUUCGGUCAAAAAAUCGGUUUUGAGAUAAGCACAUGGGAAGAUAGUCUGAAGUAUCUAUUUCCAGAAUUUGUAUUGCUCUUGGUUACAAGACUGGUUUUUUCGGGGAUUUUGUGCAAGUUUUUUAGGAGCCUCGAAAAAUCGGAUCUUCAAAUAAUGGUGUCUUUCCUGAAUAUUUAUGCAAUUAAAAUUGUUUUGAACACACAGAUUUGUAGAGCAAACGUUUUUGAUCAGAACAAGACCGCGCACAGCUCUUUAUGGCCUUGCAACAAAAAGCUACAGGCAUUUUCCUACAAGUCCUAAAAUCGAGUAUUUCAUACAGCGUUUAAUACAGCGUUUUCACUAUAUAAGAGUUACACCUGAAGUGCGUCCCAAGAUUUUUAAUAGCGGUUUGUCGUAGAGAGUUCAUUCUUUUUUUGUUUAAAAGAGAAAAAGAAACUAAAUGGACUGACCGGCGUCGAUUUUUGGAUUAGGCCUUAGUUUUUUGUCAAACUGAGGACUUUUAGAAAAUCUGGAAGGAUUUUCCGGGGUUUGCAGGUUGCUAGUUGCCUGGAAAACCAAUAAAGGCUUAAUUGAAAAAUCAGCGCCGGUCAGUCGAUGUAGUUAGGUGUCUAGUUUAAAAUAAAACAAACCCGAACUCUCCAGCUUGAAGUAUAUUAAAAAAUCUUGGG